AUGACAGUGGUCGGUGGCGGCGGAUGGUGGCCGACGGCGGCGGAUCACGGUGGUCAGUGGCGGCGGAAAGUCGCUGAUGUCGUUAUACAGUGGUCUAUGACGGUAUAUCGAAGAAUAGUGGUCGUUCUUGGUCGGGAUGGUAUCAUCUCGAUACAAUCACACACACCCCCAUAUUGGCUUCAAUCUUUAUUAUCGGAGAAAUUCUUUAAUGCUUGCAUGAUUCAUGAAGAUGCGAAAAAGAACGAGAAAAAUAUAUUUUGUCUCGAUUGUUGUGAAGCUAUUUGUCAUCACUGUCUCGAUCUUCACACAUCUCAUCGUCUUCUUCAGAUAAGGAGGUAUGUGUAUCAUGAUGUUAUAAGGGUUGGUGAUGCUGAGAAAUUAAUGGAUUGUUCUUAUGUUCAAGCGUAUACUACAAACAGUGCAAAAGUUGUGUUUUUGAAUCCAAGACCACAAACUAGAGCUUGUAGAAGCUCAAGCAACAAUUGUGUAAGUUGUGAUAGAGGUCUUCAAGACUCAUAUUUCUUCUGCUCUAUAUCCUGCAAGAUUAGUCAGAUUCUGAGAAGUGAAGGAAUGUUGUCGGAAUACCUUCACGAUUGUGAGGUUUUGACCCUGCCGGAAAUGGGUUCCGACGACGGUCUAAUGACACCGGAAUCCGUUCUUGAACCAUUCGUUUCAUUAAGGACUUCAUCUGGUUCGAGUGCCAGCUGCGCCGGAGUUGAUCGCCUAACAAUUGCCUGCACCGCCACCACCGAGAUUGUGAGGAAAAAAAGAACUUCAAAGUCGGCGAUUCCUCCGGCGUCGCGUAAGCCAGUUAACCCGUCGGCCGUAGAAACUCCGGCGAACCGGCGAAAGGGUAUGCCGCGGCGGUCUCCGUUUAAUUGA